AUGUCUGGUGCUCGUCGGAGUCCAGACAGGCCAUUGAACACAAACAGGGGUGUACCUGAAAGGUUUUUUUCUGACAUCUUAGCUGAUGAGGCUCAGGCCACUCUACCGAAUAAACGGCAGCGUCGACCGCGAAAUACUAUGGGCGAAGAGGUCGCAGGCGACCUUAUUUUUAUUCGGAUGAAGCCUCCUGCAGACGAGGCUGUCGCAGGACCUAGCCAGCCAGCUGCGGAUCGGUCACGCCGUCGGAAUGAAGUUGCACGCUCACGUCCUCCCGUCUCACGUGUGCGGCGUGAUAGUAUGAGUGUGAAAGGACUGCGCCGGGUCUCCAGUCUUCGUGAUGGUGCACCAGCAUACCCCCAUGAUGAUAUCCCUGAUGAUGUGUUGUACAAGCACUGCUCUGAUCAGGUGCCACCUGUUGUCCGCAUGAAGCACUUGCUGAAUUGGACGUUGCACCGCUCUAUUCCGCAAGCCCUGGCGGAAGCCCCUCCCCCCCGCAUCGGCAGGCGACGAAGACAUGGGAAAACUCAUCCUGGAGAUGAUGCAGAUUUGUCGUUACUCGCACCCAUACCGCCAGAAGCGUCCCGAGAACUUACGGAGCAAGACCGUCAACAUGUUGCUGAAGUUUCGCCUAUUCUCCUCAAACUAAUGCAAGACACACUUCGCGACCUGAAUGAUGGUUUGAUCGGUAUCAGUUGGCUGCGACAUGCAAAAAAGGAUCAAUCUCGUCCUCUACAGCCGCAUCCUCGUAAUGAAUCAAAUCGACACGCUGAGCAGCAGCUGUCUGGCAUGCUAGAGCAACUACGUAAUGAGCUCACAUCCUGGAAAGAGCACGAAUUUGAAAUCCAGAGAAUUGAUGAAGAAUCCGAAGCAGUAGAAGCUAUGGCAACUCAACUUCGCGAGCAGAUUACAACACGUCGAAGAGGUCGCGCGCAGUCUGACGAAAGUGCCUUCAAUUCUGCAGACGGUGACGAAGAGCAAGCUCUUGCUGAUGAAGUAGAACGUGCGCGAAUGGGUGCUCAUGGCACUGAUGCAAGCGCUCUGAGCUGGGCGUGGGAAGAUGCUGAUGAAGAUGCCCAGCGCCAAUUGGAUCUCGCACAAUCUGUGCUUGUGUCGACCGAGAGUCUGAAUCAUGCUGUGGCAUCGCAAACAAGCUCGGACAUUGCCAGGGAUACCAGUCUAGAUGGCACUGAAGUCGAUGCACGCCUACAUACUUUGGAAUACGACGUGGACAAAAUCCAUCGCCGCUUACACGCUGUGGCACAACUCGAUGAGCUGUCCGAUGAAUAUAUACGGCGCGUCUCUAGUCGCGCCGCACAAGCACUUCAUGAGCGGACUUCAGCCGGUCUUGCUUCUUUUUCAGACUCGCUCUCAGAUGCUACAUCUGGUGCUGACUUGGCAUCCUCUGCCACGGCUCAGCGACGGCUUGAUACCUUGUUGGCCAAUGUUCGUGAUACCAACGAUCCUUCGACGCAUCAAUCCAUCGAGUCACCCGCUGUCUUACCUACAGACUCCCAUCAGUUACUUCGUGCAUUAGCGUGGGAUUCUGGAAAAUAA